AUGUCUUCAGUGAAGCAGACGUGUUGGUUUGUCCGUAAGGUGAUUUGUUGGAGAGCUGCUGCAAGUAUUGCUUGGUCUGUCCUCUUGUUAGUUCCAACAUCAGCUAUUUUUGUUAUUCUUGGUCGUUUCAGUAUUUUUCACCCAGUUCAAUGGUUAACAGAGUGUUUCUCCCUCAUGUUUAGUGUUGGUGCCAUGUUUUCAUUGGUCCUUUUGUGUUUUGUUGUCAUUAUGAUCAGCGUUCUCAAUCUGGAGUAUUAUACAGUCAUCCCUACAAUCGCCUGCUCCAAAAUUUCCCAACUUGGACAGCUCCUUCAUCCAAGUCAGUGUGUGCGCUCUAUGGUGCAUUGCGUUACGGGUGCGAUAGUGGCUUGGUGUUGUGCUGUCACCAUUGGGGGCAGAUAUGAGACUCUCUGUUACUCCUGUCAGCAGAGUGAUGCAGGAGGUGGUCUCUUUCACAUGUGUCUGAACGAGUAUCAGCUUUUCCUCCUGCUCGCUGGGGCCUUCGUGGGCUUCUCUCACAGCCUGUUGGGCGUCGUACACAACAUGAACUACGUCGCCUUCCACUCAGUUCAACAAUAUAAGUAUCUGCGUUUCAAAGGCUCCGUUCCACUGCUUCUGAAAUGCAGCACCACUCAAGCUGUCUAUUCCGUCAGGAACUUCAUUGCAGUUUACUUCUUUCUGGGACAUGCUCCCAGAUCCUGGCUGUGUAAAACUCUAAACCUGCAUGUAGACAGCUCCGCACACUCCCUGGACUCUGUGGGUGGACUGCUGGAUCUCUGCUUACUCUACCACACAUGGAUCAGCGCCUCCUUCCUCCUCUUCACCUGGUACACGUCUCUGCUGCUCUUCCGGAUAUUUGUCACAGAGUUGUACAGUUUCCCGGUGCAGACAUCUUUUACCGACGAUGCUCAACAGUGUCUGCCCAAAGUCAUCAGCGAAAAGCAACCUAUGAUUUUGAAGUUUUUAGCCCUGCAAGACUUGGCUCUUCUCUCUCAGCACUCCCCAAUGCGCCGCGCUGAGGUCUUCAGUCUGAGUCAGCCAGGUGGACACCCUCAUAACUGGAAUGCCGUCAGUAAAGAAUGCUUGUCGCUGCUGUCGGAGCUGACGCAACGGCUGGUGGAGCAUCACGACUCGGUGGCCACAAACGGCCGAAUGAAGUCUGGGUCCUCCGGGAGUGAGAGGAAGAGCUCCUCUGAGGCCUCAGUGACCUCCUUAGACUCGCCGUUCGGCCCUCGUCCUGGGAUGCUGCUGAAGACUCCGGCCUCUGUGUUCUCUCGCUCCGUGCUCCACAGUCCUCUGACCGCUCCCUUCACCCCAGACCUGGACAGCCCCUUCUCCUCCCCCGCUCUGCGCCGGCUCACCGCCCCGGCCGAGCAGAAUUCCCCCUGGCACGGGGUCGUCCAGAGCCCGAGCAUCCUCAGGAAGGACCUCAAGCUCUGGUCCACGUCCACAGACCCUAAAACCAACGGCAGCCCUUCUCCGUCUCCUCCCUCUCUGCUGUCUCCCAAACGGGAAACGGCCAAACCAGGAUUUUUGGCUCAAUUUCUUCAAAACAGAAGAGAGCAGGUGAAACAUUUCUUUGCAAAGAGGGUUCUGAUCAUGUAUUUGUUCAACAAGCUCCCAGAAGUCUCCAGUCAGGCGCUGUUCGCAGACUGCCAGGCUCAUAUCUGGGCUCUAGAAGGAUUGUCUUACCUCGUCCAGGCCUCGUACUCGGAAGACCAGUUUGGGGUUGUGCAAACUACAUUACCCAGCAUUCUUAGCUCCAUGCUGGUGCUACAAGAGGCCGUGGACAGACACUUCAAACUGCCCCACGCCUCCAGUAAGCCAUCCCGCUCCGGCUGCACCAUGGGAGACGGCAGCUACAAGACCCUGCGCUUCGCUCUGAGGGCCACGCUCAAGACCGCCCUCUACAGGAUCACCACCACGUUCGGAGAUCACCUCAACGAUGUUCAAAUGUCUGCGGAACACCGGAAAAAGCUACAUUAUUUUCUGGAGUACAAAGAGUAA